UCUCUCUCUCUCUCUCACUAGCCUCAUUCAGCCUUCGCUCUGUCUCGCUCUGAGUUGUUAUUCGUGCUUGGACGAGAUCUUCCUCUAAGAUCUACUUUAACUCUAAUGGAGUGCACAAUUGUCUGGACUUAAUUACUUUACAGUGGUCAAGGAGCUGUCAGCUGCACUGAUUACAUUUUUAAUUCCAUGCUGAAGUCUCUUUUAAGAGUUCACCCAUGAGCAAUAAUGUGUUUAUAGUGUGUGUGGUGUGAAGGAGACAGAAUGGACAUCAACAUGGUGCUGGGAGGUCAGGACAGUGUGCUGUUGGCUAGCAGUCCUGACCAGGCGGUCAGCCGUCUUAAACAUCCCUGUGAGGAGCAGGAUCGAAGCUGCAGCCCUUCUGUCCUGCACUAUGUGACCAGCACAUGGAAGGACGGCCUUCUGAACCGGAAACGGCCAUUUGUAGGAAGAUGCUGUCACUCUUGCACACCCCAGAGUCAGGGGAGACUUUUUAACUCCAGCAUCCCAUCAUUAGGACUUCGCAAUGUAAUUUACAUCAAUGAAACACACACAAGACACCGAGGCUGGCUGGCCCGGAGACUCAGCUAUGUGCUCUUUGUCCUGGAGAGAGAUGUCCACAAAGACAUGUUCGCCCGCAAUGUGGUGGACAAUGUCCUCAACAGCGCCAGGGUGCAGAGCGCAAUAAAGGAGGUGGCAGCAGAGACAAAAACAGACCAGAAGGCCGUGAGUAAAGUGAGGCAGAAGGCCAGAGGCUUUCUGCAAGAAAUGGUGGCCAACAUCUCACCUAGCCUCAUCAGGUUGACAGGAUGGACGUUGUUGAAGCUGUUUAAUGGCUUCUUCUGGAGCAUUCAGAUCCACAAAGGUCAGCUGGAGAUGGUGAAGAAAGCUGCCUCUGAGUACAAUGCUCCGCUGGUCUUCCUGCCUGUCCACAAGUCUCACAUCGACUACCUUCUCAUCACCUUCAUCCUUUUCUGUCACAACAUCAAAGCCCCGCACAUUGCAGCUGGCAACAAUCUCAACAUCCCCAUCUUCAGCACGUUGAUUCGCAAACUGGGAGGAUUCUUCAUUCGCCGUAAACUGGAUGAGACGCCAGACGGAAAGAAAGAUGUUCUUUAUAGAGCUCUGUUAUGUGCGUACACAGAGGAGUUGUUGCAGCAGCAGCAGUUUUUGGAGGUUUAUCUAGAGGGCACACGUUCUCGCAGCGGAAAGCCGUCUCCUGCACGUGCUGGCAUACUGUCCAUCGUGGUGGACACCUUGUGUGCCGGUGCCAUUCCAGAUGUGCUCAUCGUGCCUGUUGGCAUCUCCUAUGACCGCAUUAUUGAGGGCAACUACAACAGCGAGCAGCUGGGAAAGCCCAAGAAGAAUGAGAGCCUGUGGGGAGUGGCCUGUGGUGUGUGGAGAAUGCUCCGGAAGAACUAUGGCUGUGUGCGUGUGGACUUCACUCAGCCUUUCUCUCUCAAGGAGUAUCUUGACACGCAGCGCAGUCGAAAUCUGCCAGCCCCACUGACUCUAGAGCAGAUCCUCAUCCCAACCAUCAUCGCAGCUCGGCCAGAUGAGGCUGUGUUUAAUAGAGAAGAAGAAGAACACCCGGAUUCCAGAGAGCUGUCUGACGAGCCCUGGAGAAGGCAGGUCAUCUCUAACCUGGCCAAGCACAUUCUCUUCACCGCCAACAAGUCCUCAGCAAUCAUGUCUACUCACAUCGUGGCCUGUCUCCUGCUGUACAGACACAGACAGGGUGUGUUGUUGUCCAAGCUGGUGGAGGACUUCUUCAACAUGAAGGAAGAGAUCCUUUCACGGGACUUUGACCUGGGUUUCUCAGGGAACUCUGAGGACGUGGUGAUGCAUGCGCUCAACCUGCUGGGAAACUGUGUGAACGUGACCAGCACUAACAGGAACACCGAGUUCAUCAUUGCCCCAAGAAACACUGUGCCAGCGCUCUUUGAGCUCAAUUUCUACAGCAAUGGCCUCUUUCACGUCUUCAUUGCUGAUGCCAUCAUAGCUUGCAGUGCUCUGGCUAUGCUGAGGGAACAGGUCACAGAAGGUGAAUUCGGCACCUCCUCCACUCUGCUCAGCCAAGAGAGACUCAUCUGCAGAGCAGCAGGGCUCUCCCACUUCCUCUCCAAUGAGGUGAUUGUCGCCUUGCCUUGUCAGACUGUCUACCAGGUCUUCCAUGAUGCCGUGACCAGACUGAUCCAGUAUGGAGUGCUGAUUGUUGCUGAUGUGGAUCAGGAGGAGCUGAGCCCCUCAGAGGAACCCUGGCCUAAGAAGUUCCCAGAGCCUCUGUCCUGGAGGAGCGAUGAGGAGGACGAGGACAGUGACUUUGGAGAGGAGCAAAGGGACAGGUAUCUGAAGGUUAGCCCAUCCUCUGAACACCAGGAGUAUUUCACCUUUAUGCAGCGAGUGCUCAGCCCAGUGCUGGAAGCCUACACCGGGGCAGCCAUUUUUGUACACAGCCUGCUCUCGCCCAUGACAGAGAGAGAGUACACACAGAAGCUCUUCAAAUACCUACUCACGCGCACUGAGAAAGGGGUGGCAGCCUAUGGAGAGAGCGCUACACACUACCUCGUGAAAAACACAGUCAAAACAUUUAAAGAACUGGCGGUGCUAAAGGAGCGCUGUGAGAAUGGUGUGUGUCGUCUGGAGCUGAGCACUACGUUCCAAACUCAGGCCAACAGGAACAAGCUCCUGCAGUACAUCCUGGGCUUCAGCCUGCUGUGAGCCAUCAGAUUCAUUUCUCUGUCUUGCUCAAGGGCUUCUGUAGGCUACAACAACUAUCAAAGGUGCUACUCUAUGGAAGAUUUGCCUAGAAGUGCCUUCAGCAAACACCUAGGACUGGGUCAAGCCCAACUUACGCAACUUAUUUCUUUCACACUUGUGACAGAGGAUGGAUAUGCAGCUAGCUCACUCAUCCCUCAAGCACCGCUCAUACAGCUGUGAUGAUCACUAUUGUCUGAUUUGUUUCACUUUUGCUUUAGGUUUUGUUUGAGUUUUAUUUUAACUCAGAGAAGUACAGGAAGGUCUCAUUUUAUGUAAAUAAGUUGCCUUCAAUUUAGACCAGUGUACUUCAGAGAUAUCUGGUGUAGAUAAUUAAUUUCAAGGGCAUUAAACUGACUAGAAUUGCUGGGCAGCCUGUAUAUAGAAAGUGUAGCUCCUGUCCUUCACAGACUAUCCUGUGAAUGUAGAGAAAUAUUUAAACCAUUACCACAAUUUCUGUUUAACCCUGGCAAAAAGAAUGACACCUGAACUGUUAUCUUUUCCUACACUCAUUAGAUUAGAAUGUAGAGAGGAAUGAAAAGGGCACAGAUUACAACUUAGGCUAUAUUUCACUGACAUAGUAGUUAUGUAAUAAUAAUAGCCUGUAGCAAUAGUCUUCAUUUUGUGAAGCUGUGCCUCAGACGCUGGUCUCGAGACACCAUGUCUCCAUUUAGAAUUGAAUUUACAAAAUUUACAGUGACUUUCAGUACAGAGGGUAGACAGGGGUCAUAUAUAUUCGUAUAUAUUUGCUGAAUGGUGAAAAAAAUGAAGCAGGUAUAGGUUAAUUAUUAUUAUUUCGUAGUGAAUUCUCACAGGUUAUUUUAGCUAAGGUACUUCUGUUAAAAUAGAACUGCGUACUGUAUACAGAACAACAUUAGAGUUAACUGAAGCGUUACGAGAGUGUCAAGGGUGGCUAGAAAGAGAUUACUGUGUCAGAGGGAAAAAAACGAUGGGACCUAAAUGACUAAACAUCACAUCCGGCAGCGUUUAGAAAGAAAUGCACUUUAAUAGAGAAAAUGUAUAAUGCAGAUGACGAUAAAAAAAAAAGUAACCUCUUUAUGUGAAAUCCGCAGGAGUUACUCUUUAAAGAAAUGGCUUGUGGGUGUAAUGUAUUUGACCCUGCUGCUUCAGCGUGCUGCUGUAAAGGUGGUGGAUGUUUUGCAUAAAUAUAUUUCAACAAGUAUAGCCUUGAUCUCUUCACAGGCUUUCCCUUUUUGCCAUGAACAUAAUUUCACUUUGGGAAUUUUUUUAAAAAAUGGCUUUCUAGGUAGGUGCUUUCCACGUGCAUGGCACUGAUCGAGGCUGGAAAAAAAAGGCUUUCUAGAGUGAGCAAAACUACAUGCAUCAUAAACCAGAGCGCUGGAUCCUUCCGCCUAAUUUAUUUUAUUUUUUUUUUGGAUAUAGGGUUUUUUUAGUGGCAGUCAUAACACAAACCCAUAAUUUUCUGUUUAUUCUUUCUCGUGAUUAAUAAUGUUUCAGAAAUUCUUUACCAGCGAGUGCACUACUUUUUUUUUCAGCUUUUACUCAUAGUGAAUACCGCAGCUUAUAAAUGGAAAACUUACGUAGUUUACUUAGUCAUAUUUGCAACAUGUGGUAUAUUACUUGUGUGCAUGACAUUCAUUUUUUUCCCAAGCUUGUUGAUUUUCAAAGUGAAACUGGUUUAAUUGUACUAUGGUUAACUGUAGUUCCGUCUUUUGUAAAAUCUAACUGAGAAAUAGCUUCUCAUUAAUGUGAGGCAGAUGAUUACUCCUAAAUGUUAUGAAUGAAUUGCUCAUGAGUGCUCAACUUAUUGUGAAUGUAUGCUCGUCUUAUUGUUAAUGUGCAACUUGUCCACAUAUGUAAAGAGCAAUGCUCUUAUUCAUGCUUAUUCAUGUUUAUUAUGGGCUGCAUAGAUGAAACACAAAGAUAUGUUAGUCUGUUAAAUGCUGUUAAAUGCUUGAUUGCCUUUUUUUUUGACUUGGUACAGAAAUUGUAAGACUUUGCCAAAACAUACUUGUUGAGGGCAUAAAAGAAAAUAUAUAGAGUAGAGUGAAGAGUAGCUUAAACAUUUUUUUGAAUAAUUACAAAUCUUGCAGUUAAGAGGAGGCCUAACAUGAACUGUGUGAUAAUUACCCCAAUAUGAAUAAUACUGUGCACUUUAGUGCUCUUUUACAAGAUUAGUUAUUAAUUUAAAAAAAAUUAAUAAAAUAUUAAAUGUUUUAUGACUUUGGCUAGUGGGGUAAAAGGUUUAUAAUCUUGAAUAUCCUUCACAUCCUAGCUCAUCAACAGGCAUUUUUAAAUGCAGUUUCCUCUCUGUUUUUCUCAUUUGUGUAAGGUGACACAUAUUUGAUCUAAACGAACUGCUCACGAGCAGACAGACACUAGCUCCAGUUACUCACUGUGUCUCUUUACUCAUAUUAUAUGCCUCUAAAACAUUUUCAAGUGUACAGAUUUUGUUUUUAAAAUAAAUUAAUCAUUGAUUAAAGAACAAUGAUUUAGCUGUCAUUUUCCCCAGUGUUUUUUUUUUUUUUUUUUUUUUUGGAAUUUGGUAUUACCCUUUUUUUGGACUUUUUGACUUGACAACUGCAGUUCACUAUUGGGCUCUUUUUUUUUAUGGCCAUUGGGCAGCUUUUGUCAAAGAGAAGCAGUAUCUCAAAUCUCUUGAGAGGAAGUAAGGAAAGGAAAUGUAGAAGCAGAAGGACAUAAGACAAAUGUCAUACGGGAAGUCCCUGAUUGUAAGCAUUGUGCAUGUAGAGCUCACGGCUCACACCACAACUCCACAGCUGAUGACAAAUACACAUGACACGAAAUAAAAAUAAGAUUGUGCAAUAAA